AUGGACGAAUACUCCGACGAGGAUAUGCCUGGAUGGCUUCUCGAACUCGUAAUGGAUGAAAUGCCCAGCACGACUGAACGCGACAGGCAAAUUCGUACAGACUUGCGGACCGUGAUGCGACAUCGACGCUCUAACGGUGGUCAGGCGUCCCGAUUGACUUCUCAACAAAUGCUGGAGAUCGUAGACUCUUUGCCCAAGCUUGACGAGGAGGAUCUCUCACGAAUUGACCACCGCGACGCAUCGUGUCCCAUAUGUUUGAACACGCUUCUCGCCGCGAUAGCGGACGAGGAGCUCGCUCAGGUCAUGGACUCGCCAAUGCUGGGAGACCUUGGUGUAACCCGCAUCACCGAAACAUGUGGGCAUAUAUUCUGUAGGAAAUGUUUGCUGACCUGGUUACGGGAUGGUCAUCCAACCUGCCCUUUGUGUCGAACACCUUUCCUCAAAACGGUGACACCAUCUUCAUCGGCAGAGCAAGUUUCGGGCGCGGACGAUGACUUUGAAGCAGCACUCUCGCGCAUCAUUGCUGCCUACCAAGAAGAAAGAACAAGCAUCAGGGCGGCUCCUAUGCAUCCGGACCAAAUGGCGGGGAUUAUUCCCUCAGCCUUCACGGUGUUUGGCGCACCACUGGCCGUGCCUGCUGAAAUCACGUACACUACGGAUAGAUCAGAGUUUUCAGGGAUGUACUCGUGA